AUGGCGUCCUGGGUGGCGUUGGACGUAUGUGGCGGUGACGUCAGAGACAACAGAUUGGCACAGCAGCGAGCUACAGAAGAAGCGCAGGAUGCAAACAAUGUAGUACUGUACGAGCAGGCACUGCGCUGCCAGCAGCAUCAGCAGAGCCUCCAGGCCAAGACCAGGUACUUGCACUUACUUAAGGGCGACUUCAGACUCAGUCUACGUCUGCAAUAUUUAUGUUAUAAAAACCUCGCGACAAUGACAUUUGAGGCGCAAUCAUUUGAAGACGCUCUGGAAUACUUUGCCUCGGCAUUGGCACUGGACGCAACGAACGUGGUCGUGUGGUAUCAGAUGGCCACGACGGCCGUGGAGACUGGUAAAUUAUGGCUGGCACGAAGACUAUUGGAAGAAGGUUUUAAAGUAGACGCUAAGUACUGGCCACUGGUGGAGACGCUGGCUCUGGUGCUGCACCAAAUGGGAGACAAAGACGCGUUUGAACAUGUAGCCAAGUAUCUUGGAGAACAAGACCCUCAGUGCACGUCGGUGCACCUUAUUGACAAGAUGACGACAUUGUCAAAAAUGAGGCUGCGGUCAAAAAUGAAGCCAUUGUCAGGAAUGAAGAGAGAUGACGAAGUUGAUGUGAUGCGGACGCAGGUGCAGAUUCAAGUGGGAUAUGAUGAAGAGACAGAGACUAGAGAAAAGAGAGAAGACGAGAAGGUGGGAGUGGACCAGACGAGCGACCAUUUGCCGCCAAUAAAGAUAGAGAAGAUGAAGGAGCUGCUGAAGCUCUCUCCUGGCCUUGAGACAGUGCUGAUGAAUGGCAUUUCGGAUAACGACACACAGGACAGUAGCAGUCAUGCACGAGAAGAGAUGAAGAGUCAGCCGAGAAGACGAAAGUCACGUCGGCAUGAGGAACGACUGAGAGAAGAGCAUGCUGCAGCAGUCAAGAAAGCACGAGAGCAGGACUAG